GUCGGUGCUGCGAUGCCGGGUCCUUGGAAAAAAUAAAGAAGGGCGCUUCCCCGGGUCGGAACCAUUGAGGACGCCUAGGCAUUCUCCUCUGUCUCCCACACCUUCCUUCUUCUCCCCAACUAGCCGCGCUACCCUAGAAUGGCCCAGGAUCCAGUGUUCGUGCCGGCUGAUGCCGAGGCGAACAAAGAGACGCACGUCGAGGCAGGCCACAAGAACACUGCUGUGGCUGAGGUCGAUUCAUCCCAGUCGGACACGUCCAGCCAGCGCGCGACGCAACCUGUCCCCCUGUCGUGGAAACUCGCGUCUGUGGUGCUCGUGACCUGCAUCGGCUUCGGCUCAAAAUGGAGCUCCGGUGUCACUGGUGCCAUGAAAAGCACCAUGAAGAAGGAGUUGAACAUCAACAACACCCAGUUCUCGAUCCUCGAGGCGAGUGAGGACUUUAUGGUCACGGCGCUGAUGAUGCUGAGCGGCGUCGUCACCGAUAGGAUUGGCGGAGCAGGGGCCAUGUUGUAUGGCAACGCCAUCUACUCAGUCGGCUCCAUCCUCGUCGCUGCUGCUGCCCAGACACGCAGCUACAAAUUCAUGAUUGGUGGGCGCGUCAUCAGCGCUUUGGGCGAUAUUGCCACGCAGGUUGCCCAGUACAAGGUCUUCUCGUCUUGGUUUGCCCCCAACAACGGCUUUGCCUCCACGCUGGGGUUCGAGCUCGGCAUCGGGAAGAUUGGCGCGUUUGCCGGCAAGGCGUCCGCCAACAUUAUUGCCGAGAGAACAGGUGACUUCGCCUGGGUCUUCUGGGUCGCCGUGUUCAUGAAUAUCUUCACCAACGUCAUGACGGGUGUGUUCUACUGGUUCACCAGGCUUGCCAACCGCAAGUACCACGGUAUAGAUGACCCUGCAACGGGCGAGAAGCUCCAGGAGAAGAGCAAGAAGCUUCACUUCAAGAAGGUCUUGCAACUUCCCUGGUCAUUCUGGACCGUCAUGGCCUUUUCUCUGUUCCAGACCAGCACGGCCGUCGUCUUUCUGCAGAACGCAACCGAGCUUGCCGAGCAAAGAUUCAAAACCAGCUCCAUCACCGCAGGAUGGUACAGCGCCGUCCUCCAGUAUGCUGGCUUCUUUGUGGUUCCUCUGUUGGGCGUGUUCCUUGACCUUUUCGGGCAACGCAUCUCAGCCUUGUUCUUCUGCGGCGUCGGCGUUUUCGCGUCCAUGCUUUUGGUCUGUUUCAGCGACAACGUGAAGGGCACAGCCGCCUCCUUUGGCAUCUUUGCCUUCUCGUACUGCUUUGGACCUACGACCAUCAUCGACAGCACCCGCACUUCCAUGUGGGACAGCACGGUAUUCGGUUCGGCCUAUGCCGUCAAGAUUACCAUGAACAACGCCAUGAACAUCAUCGUUCGCGUGGUCACAGGUAGAAUCCAGGAUGCCGACAACAACUCGUAUGACAAGGUGACCAUUGUCUAUGUCAUUCUCGCGGGAUGCUCUGUGGUCGUCUCGCUGGGUCUCACCCUGAUCUCUUGGAAGUCAAUUGACUUGCGACAUUUGCAAUGGAGUCGCUCGAAGCGCAUUGCCCGUGGCGCGGAGCUCAAUGAGCGCAGGGAGCUCUUCUUCGGGGUCAACAAGGCCAAGAACAUGAGGACAUCGCUGAUCUGCUUCGGUGUCCUGAUCGCGCUGGUUCUUGGUAGUUGGUGCGCUUACUUUUGGGGUGUCGCGACAGGCAACAACGGCUAGAUGUUUUUCUGAGAUAGAUGAAUCGAGCCUAUAAUAUGGUAUGCAAUUUUAAAGCACAACUUUCCGCCAGUAUAGAGGCACAUGGAAGUAUCCUCGCACCCGUCGUCUGAACAUGGAAGUACAGUUGCACGUGGGCAUGGACACCAGGCGCUGCGUUCCUUCCCAAAUCGGAUCUUGAGAAGAUGUAAGCCACCGCUACUGCCCAACAACGUGGAAGAGCUUGAAGAACAAAGGGAUCUGCUGACUUUGGUCAGCCUCCCCGAUGCCACGAGUCCGUUGCAGC